AUGUAUUUUGAAAUCAAAAUUGUUAUUAAAGAGAAUAGCAACUCCUCUCAUGAAGUAACAGAUUUACGUUCUCGUUCAAUGCGAGAUAACAUUUUGAUUCAUAAUUUUGCUUACACCCCCGGCGAGAACUUAUCAGAAAGCAUUCCUCAGUUAAUUCAUGAAGUUUUAGGGGUGCAUGUCUCGUUUGUUCGUAUUCACAGGAACAGUGUAAAGGGCAUGAUGAACUCCAGACCAGUGUCAAUAACCGCAAAAUUGGUAGACAGAAGCAAGAAAGACGAGAUUCUGCAAGCACAGAAAGCUAAGAAACUACAAAGGGUUAAAUUACCAUUCUUUAUAACAUCCCAAGACCCACCUGUAGUGCUUGAAGAGCGCAAAAGGUUAUAUGCCAUCUCAGAUUCUCUCCGGGAGCAAAAAAUUAAGUCAAAGGUGGAACGAGGGCGGUUGAUCCUACCCAACGGGGAAUAUUACCGAGAUCCUGUUCCAAAGAUUGAGACGGCGGAUGCCUUGCAGCUAACACCAGACGCGAUUGAUGCCCUACAACUACCCACACAUUCAACGCAGCCUACUAAACUUAAGGGUUCCGAAAUUUUGGCAACGGGUGUAAAAGUUAGCUCGGUGGAAGAGGUCCAGGACCUGUACAGAAAGGUGUGUGUUGAUCCAUAUUCUGCGGCGGCGGAUCACCGUAUUCUGGUCUAUAGGUUUGUGGAUUCUGCGGGGAAAACUCAUGAAAGUUUCUGGGAUGACGGGGAGCACGGUGCCGGCCGACGCCUUCUACAAUACAUGAAAACAAAUCAAAUAAACAACGUGGGUGUGGUCAUUACGCGCUGGAGUGGCCCCAGACACCUUGGUCCGGACCGCUGGCGAAUCAUGGAGGAACACUUGUGUGAGGUAGCCAAUACUUUGGAUGGGUGAACUUGUUAUUUCAUAUG